UAGAGUUGGGUAGAGUAUAAAUAAUCUCAAAACGACAAGAGAAUCUUCGUUGGAAAAGAAAUAAGGCGUGAUGUAAUACGCACGAGAUUGCAUUCGAUAGAUUUGCAAUAAAUGAAUAUUUUCUAUACUAGUAAGUGCUUCGUAUUCAAGCUUAUAGUGAUAAUUGAAAAGAAUUUCGUUACAUAACCUCAAUCACACGCUAAUCAAAAUGAGUUCCAUUACGGACAGUCCGGGUUCUAAAGCUCUCGAAGCCGCUAAAAAUAUCAAGGACUUAACUGUAUUCAAAAAGCCUAUCGGAUUCGUUAAGAGGAGUAAAAGUGUACAACCAAAGAUUUUAGAUGAAGAUACAUAUAUUGAGAAAAUGAGUGACAUUAUACAAAGAGAUUUCUUUCCGCACUUGGAAAAGCUACAGGCUCAAAAUCAGUAUUUAGAAGCUUUAGAGCAGAACGAUAUGAACAGAAUGAGAGAGUUGUAUGCAAAGUAUAGCUCUGGCCGACCUGUCACUGAAAGGCCGAUCAGUCCAGCGACUUUCGAAACUCCGCUGCGUAGAACUGAGUCAGCCGAAUCACCGCCCACCACGGAGGCAUCGUCUCAAAAAACAUCCGUUGAGUCCGUAAAUAGAAAUGGUACUGAAAGUAAGAUCGGUCUGGAUGAUUAUUUGAGUACCCACACAAGCGAGGAUAAUGCUAGUUUUGAAGAGAUGAUGAUUGAGGCUGAAAAUAAACGUAUGCUCAAGUAUGCCUGGCUCUAUGAGGCAGAAGACAAGUCGAAAGCUUGGUUAGCUAUCGACGGACCCACCACCACUGAUGUCCCAGCUAUUCAAGGUUCCAAUUCCAGACCUAAACAAGUGGACAGUUGGACUUACAAGAAUAAAAAUUAUAUCAUGUACAUACCUGAUGGAGUGGAACUUACGGCGGAAGAGAAAAUAGAAUUGGCCAAGAAGAAACAAACUAUAAUGCACGAAAAUACGAAAUUGCGAACAAACCCGUUUAACGAACAACAGAAUAAAGAGACCAUUGACGAACUCGCCAAGUCACAAUCCAGAGCUAACGACGGCAAGAUUGGUGUGGAUGGCAAAGAGGUUGUCAGAAAUGCAACGCCACGAGUAAAUGGUUUUAGUUUCGUGGCUACGCCAAGUCCAAGACCGGGGGAAUGCGAAAGUCCAUUGAUGACAUGGGGUCAGAUCGAGGGGACACCCUUCCGAUUGGAUGGUGGUGACACACCAUUGUUGAGGACGAGUCAGGGACCCUCUUUCAGAAUAGCGGAACCACCGAAAAGAGAACAAUUGGCAUUGCAGUUGGCUGAGAAGGCUGGUGAGAGACACAGGGAUCGAAAAAAUAAAGCCUUAGAAGCUGCCAGGAGAUCAUUAGCCACUCCAUCACCGAGAUCAACCAUAGAUCGUCUGAGCACUAUGUCUCCCGCAGCAAGAAGACUAGCGACUCAGAAACUGCGUAUAUCGAAUACACCAUCUCCUCGACGAAUACCAUCGUCCAGGACUCCGUCCGUAAGGGGCAUCAGAACACCUAAUACGCCACAUGCGAACGUACUGGCUAAGGAAAUUACCUCUCAAAAGUCCGAAAUUAAUGCCACACGGAUACAAGGACCCGUACUCACCGAUAACUUACUUAAUCUACCUCCGCAGCGACAACGAGCGUCAGAUUUCUUCAAUAAGAAGUAUUCGGGCAUAUCCAAGUCGUCCAAACAAUCAUUGUUGAUCGAUUGCAAAAUCGCCGCGCUCGCUAAAGAGCCUGACGGCUUAUCAUAUAAAUAUAAGGUCAGGAAGAAGAUGAGGAUCGAGAAGAAGGAGAGAGAGAGUAUUAUCGUUAAGACAGAUAUGAGGUCCUCUCUGAGCCUAGGAGCAGCCUUGCUCCUGACGAUAGCGAUCACUUCGUCCAUCAUCCAGUCAUGCAAAUCAGAACAUUCGUGUGGACAUUUAGGCUCAGGCAUUAACGCGUGCAAAUGCGGGGAAAUAGUGGUGAAAUCAGCGAAGGUGCAAAAACCGUUGUUCUACGCGUCGCCGGAAGCAAUCAACGAAGCUGCAGUAGCACGCGAAGCGGUUGGAAGAUUGUCCUUGGGAACGGAUCGGUGGCAGUCUGAAAACCUGGCAUCUAUUCCCAAAUAUAAAUCAUAUACCGGUGGAGCGUUUAGCAGCAGCAGUAGCAGCAGUUCUUCAAAAUCCUCAUCUUCCAUUGGAAUUUUUGAAGGACCGACUGACGAAAGCAACGCUUACUCACCCUUCAAUUUUGUCUCGGAUAGAGUUACUUCCAAUUGCGGAUGCGGAAAGGGUCAUUCCGAAUCUCUGGAGGUUCGCGAUCUCCUGUCCUCUAAUAUUGAAGGAAAAGUCGUGCCCAGUUUUCCACCGAUCGGUGAUCUGUGUUACUCGAGUCCGCCUAGCAGCAAAUUUCAGGUGACCACCAAAGUGACACCUGCAUAUCCUGGCAAAAUCAAAUGCGCCCCUCCCAUUCCUUACAAGGUUUGCGUCAAAAUACUCAAUGGACAGAUCGACGAGGCUGGAUUGAGGGAACUCGGUUUAGCAACCGGUGGAUCAAUCGGCAGGAGUGCGAGUAUUUUCGACAAAUAUAUUUCUAACGAUGUAGCCAAGACGGCUACGCGAUACGGUUCGCAUGCGAGUGCCGGCGCGGGUUCGACCGCAUAUGGAUCGUAUUCAGGUGCUAACGCGGGUUCGAUCGCAUACGCGGGUAUCGGACGAUCGAACAUUGCGAACAACGUCGAGACGAUCCAAGGAUCGAGCAGAUCUAGCUGUGAUUUUGGCGAUGAUGCAGAACUUCCUGAAGACUAUUCGUAUCCUCGAUUGCCAGCGGAUCCGGUAUCAGUCACUUUAGCAUAUAAGAAUCUCUUCCCACGCACCGUGUACUACAACAAGAAAGCAUUCGUACCGGAAGACAAGCUGGCGUUCGGUCAUCGAACCGUGCCGACCGAGUCGACACCCAGCAAAAAUGUGCUGGACGUUCCCGAGGAAAAGCUUCAAAUCCUCGAGAAACCCAUCGUAGAGUUGAAGCCGGUGCCACAGACUCCCAACAUCAUCGGCGGUUAUGACGAGCACGAAGAAGCAAAAUUGGCCGAGCUCGAGGCCAUUGAGCGCGAGAGGAUAAAUCAGGAGGAGAUCGCUGAUCGGCUGCAAGAGAACUUUAUUACGUACGGAGAUCUAGGAUACGCGCCAAUCAACAGGCCCUUAUCGGCAGAUCCUACUGCCGUAUUCAACAACGUGGAAGACGAUACCCGCGGACCAGACUGCGGUCCGGUAGGACCACCAGACCCCGAUUAUGUUCCUGGCAGCGUCGUAAUCAAUCAAGAAAAUAUCGUGGCAAACGGAGACCAAGUCGAAGAUGACUCCCUGAGAAACAACGACAGUUCAGACAUCUACGUUCGUCAUUAUGACGAAACUAACGACGACGAGGAAUAUGACAGCGACGAGCCCAUAUCCGGCAUAUUCGCCAGACUGAAAAAUGCCGUUCGAAAACACGGUCGUUUAUCAUCCUCAUGUGGAACCGUAUGAUCUUUCCAACAAUACGGAAUUCGUAAAAAGGACUUGCCUUAUUGACGGUUCGCGAUUAUCAAGAUGAAUCUUGAUUGAUUCUUCUGAACGCGCGAAGACGUGGACACUCUCCAAAAUAUUACAC